CGCGUGACUAGCAGCGGGUCACGUGACGCGGCGCCCGGCGGGGGCCUCCCAAGAUGGCGGUGUGCGUCGCGGUGAUCGCCAAGGAGAAUUACCCUCUCUACAUCCGCAGCGCCCCCACGGAGAACGAGCUGAAGUUCCACUACAUGGUGCACACCUCGCUGGAUGUGGUGGACGAGAAGAUCUCUGCGAUGGGGAAGGCGCUGGUCGACCAGAGGGAGCUCUACCUGGGCCUGCUCUACCCUACGGAGGACUAUAAGGUAUACGGCUACGUGACCAACUCCAAGGUGAAGUUCGUCAUGGUGGUGGACUCCUCCAACACAGCCCUUCGAGACAACGAAAUCCGCAGCAUGUUCCGGAAGCUGCAUAACUCCUACACAGACGUGAUGUGCAACCCCUUCUACAACCCCGGGGACCGCAUCCAGUCGAGGGCCUUUGAUAGCAUGGUGACGUCCAUGAUGAUACAGGUCUGUUGAGCAGGAACUGUGCCGCCAGCCGUCCCGGCGGAGCAUCUGUGUGUAGCUGUACUGAGGAGAUGUCCGUCUGUCCCCGUUGCCUCUUCCCGAACGUGACCCCCCGCUGCCCUGGGGCAAGAUCUUGUGCAUGAUGCAUCUCAACUAAAUGUCUUAUGAGAUGAGAUUUGCCUUUUUCCUUCUGUGUCUGCAGAGGAUUCAACUAAGGAGAGUUCAGCUAAGGACCUAAGGUGUGUGGGCAGAGGUUGGGGACCAAAGCCAGCAGGAAGCCUGUCCCCACUCAGCAGGAAGGGUCAGGGCUGCCUGGAGCCCAGAGAGCUCAGGGCCUGCAGGUGCUGUGACCCGCCAGGGCGCGUGGCCAGCGUCUGCUCCUCCCUGUGUCCACAGGGUCGGCCUCUGGAGCCCAGAGCCAGCCUGGGAUGUAGGGACAGACUGGGCCCACCGCGGGGUAAGUGCCCUCCUGUUUCUGGACUUGGCACCCACUGUUGGCACCUGGCCCACAGUCUGGCCUCAGCCUCGACCUCGGCAGGAGCCCUCAUAAGGCCUGGGAAGCCUUGUGGACCCACAGCCGUCUGGUCGCCUGCUGCCUGGAUGCCACCAUGAGCAGCCUUGGAGAGCCCUCCCCACUGCGCCAGGAGCUCAGACUGUCACUGGGUCUCCACAUUCUGCCCCCAAGAGACCUGUGCAGCCAAGUCCAGAUGACGACCAGGACUGAGGUGUGACAGCUCCUUCCCAGGAUCCAGUGGCCUGGGGCUAGCUCCCCUGUCCUCGGACAACCUGGGGACCACCCAGGGGGUGGCAGAGGUGAUGAGGACCGCUGUGGGGCUGAGCCUGACCCCUGUGUCCUCAGGGCUGUUGGCUUCCCAGAGUGGAGCAACCCAAGACUCGGCAGCUGGGGAGACCCCCCCAUCGCCCCUCCCUCGCCCUCGGCACUGGUCUGGAACUGGGGGUUUCUCCGGACCUUCAGGGCCCCAGAGUGCCGCAGGGAACAGGGAAGGCCGGUUACUCGGGUGGGCGGGGCUGGGCCCGGGGAGGUGAAGGUUCCUCUGCGCAGUGUUGCACUCUCACCCUUCCCACGGUUCCGUGUUGCUCACAAGUUACGGAGGGAAAAGCGAGUCAGGGAGGCGGGUGUGUUAAACACGCCUGUCCCAGGCCCUGGGUUGACUUGCAAGGCCUGGAGUGGGCGAGGAAGGCCAGGCGGCUGAUUCUGAUGCAGUGGCCCAGGCCACACUGCAGGGGUCCAGAACCUUCUUUCAUAAACCUGUUGAGAGGCUGGGACUCCAGCCCAGCACCUCCCCCGCAGCCCGGCGCGGGAGCUUUGGCUUGUGGGGACCUCUGCGGGUAAGGGCCGUGGUGGGGACUGUGUGUCCCUCUCUCCCUUCCUAACAGCCUGAGUGUUACUCAAGUGGGCAGGUCAGGGCCAUUUCCUGUCCUCCCUGGACCCCUGGGUGGUUAGUUACGGCCAUUAAGCCGUGUCAGGAAAGGCUUGCAGGAAAGAUCUUCCAAAGGGGCUCAGCAGCCAUCUGGAGGCCCUUCCCCUUUUGUCUUUCUGCCCGGAACAUGGGUGCAGUGGCUGGAGCUUAGACAGCCAUCUUGAGAGCCUGAGGACCAGACUCUACCCUGAGGGCAGGCAGGCAGCUGGCAGGGAGGGUCCUGGGUCUUUGCUGAUGCCCCAGCUCUUGACUCAUGUUGGGAUUUGUUUCUUGAUGUGAGAAAAUAAAAUACACGCUUGCUUAAACCGCUAA